GGCUUUGUGCAACCGUAAAGCAAAAUUCUUAAGAAAUCAAAAAGCUUCUUUCUUUAUAAUCUUUAUCCAUUAAAGUUGAGAUUAAGGAGCUUCAAGAAAAAUAAAGAUGGCCGAUCGAUUCUUUCCUAAUAUAAUGCCAGAUUUUGUAACAGAAGCAGCAGCAGCAGCAACUGAGGACAGUAGUACUGGGGAUUCUCUAAUGAAGCUUUUAUCCAUGCCUUACCCUUCUCUUUCCCAACGGUUUCAAAGAGCUGGCUUGGAUCUUAAAGAAACUAUAGUGAUGGAAACAUGGGGAUUGAGUGGGCAGAGUGUGCAAGACUUCACUCUUUACAGUGGCACGCUUGGCAGUGCUUUCUUGAUUUUUAAAAGCUACCAAGUUACCAACAAUAAAAAUGAUCUCUUCCUUUGUUUACAGAUUGUUAAGGCCUGUGACUCUGCUUCUCCUGCUUCUAGGGAUGUGACAUUUUUAUGUGGGAGAGCUGGUGUUUGUGCUCUUGGGGCUGUAGCAGCAAAGUAUGCCAAUGAUCAAGAUUUGCAAAAUUACUAUCUCAACCAGUUUGGAGAGGUUAAGUUGUCAAAAAAUCAUCCUGAUGAAUUACUGUACGGAAGGAGUGGCUACUUGUGGGCUUGUUUGUUCAUAAACAAACAUAUUGGCGAAGGCACUAUCCCUCAUACAACUAUUCGUGCAGUCACAGUUGAGAUUAUCAAGAAUGGAAGGGCACUGGCCAAGAAAGGGGGAUGCCCGUUGAUGUAUGAAUGGUAUGGGGAAAGGUACUGGGGUGCUGCUCAUGGAUUGGCAGGCAUUAUGCAUGUUCUGAUGGAUGCAGAGCUGAAACUUGAUGAAGUUGAGGAUGUCAAGGGCACUCUUAAAUAUAUGAUCAACAAUCGAUUUCCCAGUGGAAACUAUCCUGCUAGUGAAGAAGAUUGGAAGAGGGAUGUUCUUGUGCAUUGGUGUCAUGGAGCUCCUGGGAUUGCCCUGACACUUGUCAAGGCUGUUCAGGUGUUUGGAGAUAAAGAAUUUCUGCAAGCUGCAGUAGAUGCAGCAGAGAUAGUUUGGAACCGCGGGCUACUCAAGCGAGUUGGUAUUUGCCAUGGAAUCAGUGGGAACACAUAUGUAUUCCUCGCUUUGUAUCGAAUGACAGGCAGCAUUGAAUUUUUAUACAGAGCCAAAGCAUUUGCCAGUUUUCUACUUGAUAGAGCACACAAACUUAUAUCAGCAGGAGAGAUGCAUGGAGGUGAUAGCCCCUACUCACUGUUUGAAGGAAUUGGAGUAGGAAACACUUUCGGGAGCUGCAACCGCCAGGCACUGGAACUCGACUAAUCUUGCAUCAGCCAGCCGUCCGUUUACUCGAUUCCAGUGUUCUUUCGACUAUAAUGUUCGCCGUCUAGUGUUCGCGGCAAUGGACUGUUCUUCCACCACCAUAACUUCUUAAACCUCUCGCCUCACGGCUGCAUUAGCGCAACCAGUAAAACAAUAGAGAAAGACCCACUCAAUGCCACAAGAAAAAUAGAGAUAUUCAAGUCAUUAAAGAACCGGGCUGUAUAAAAUAUACUUUCACUCUUGAAACCGCUAGAUCAACGCUGGAAACCCCAUGAUUUCUGUUGGUUUUAAUUGCUUUCUAAUUACAGUUUUUCUUUUUCUACUUUUGGAACUUACGAGGAAAAUAGCUCACGAAACUGUGUUAGUAAAAACUAAACUCAGUUGCUGUUUUCUCUGUAAAUACAAAGGAUUUGUAUUUUAAUAAUGUAUUGAUAUGGCAAGUAAAUUAGGUUGUAAAAAGAUGGUUAGUCCGUCAAAAGUUCAAAUUGACGAUAGUAUAAAAUACUUUUAAUUUUUAUGACAA